UAUGCAUUUGCGUUUGCCUGCCCUUCUGUUUCAUGGACGGAGCUAUCAAACAAGAGCGAGGGGAAAGGUGUUGUUCAGGGAUCGGAAUCGGAACCGCAUCGGAAUUAACAAGUCGACACUCAUUACGAUCAUCAUCGUACUCGCCUCCACGACAGUAUCUACAUUUUACGCUGGUUAGCCUGCAGGAAACCCAUAACGACAUCUACUUGAUGUAACCACGCUCACGACUCAUCGCAAAAGCACACACCUGCACAUCAAUACACGCAAGCACAUACGUACUCCAAUACGCCACAUUUUCCUCCCGAAAAGAGAGCACGUCACAACUUCCAUCAGCACUAAAAGCUUAGACGAGCAGAAUUGGCAACGACAGCUGCAUCGACGAUGCCAAUCGUCAACGAGAUCACGCCUGUUUGCGGCGCGGAACCGCUGUUAGCGUCGAAUAUGAUUGGGGACACCGAAUUAGAAGGGUUGUUUGAAAGCGUGCUGAAUGUGAGAGAGAGUAAAGGGGGCACGAAGAAGGUGCUGCGGGAUGGUGAGCAUGAGUGGAAAGAGUACGGGAAAUUAGGUACGGGUGUGAAGAGUGUGGAUGAAGCUUUGGAGGGAGGUAUAGAAAGGGAGAUGUUGGUUGGGAUAGGGUGUGAGAGUGCUGGUGGAGUGGGGGUCGAGAUCUGUCUCAAGCUUCUGGCCAACUCGCUAUUUCUCAACCCGACCUCCUCAGCGGCGCUCAUCGACACGACAGGAAAUCUAGACAUUUUGCGGUUGUACAAACAGCUUGUGACGCGCUUGCAGUCGGAUGCAUCCCUACUUAAAGCAUUUCCAGUGCAAUCUAGUCAAGGCGAAGGACAUGCCAAAGUGGAAGAUCUAGCGGCGGCAGUGCUCGAACGAGUCAAGAUCAUGCGGGUUUUUGAUUUGGUCGGUGUCAUGGAAGCUGUGAGUGAGGUACGUGAAGAUUUGGAUGCGGUGAGUAAGGCGACAACAGUGUUGGACGUUGAAGGUCAAGAGAAAGAGAAAGAACGAGGGGUCGAAGAGGCUAUGUCGACUUCAGUUCCAGCAGCACCACCACCACGGACGAGAAAAACAGUUAUUGCGGAUAGUGAGGAUGAGGAUGAAGAUGAGGAGAUGCUAUUUGAAGCCGAUGUGAGAGAUUCAUCAUUCAACACCGCACCUGCACAAGGUGGUCAGACCGGAAGAUCGACGGCGGUAGCAGAAAAUUCAAAUGCAGUUCAGGAACCCGAGAAAGAUGAGUCUUCAACCACAAGAAAACUUUCAGACAUACAGAAUGGCAAGGGAGUCACGUUUAUUCUCAUUGACAAUCUUGCCCAUGUCAUCAACCCGCUCCUCAAAAAAGACUAUGUUCACACACACUCACUGGCAUCGUCAUUCCUCCUCUCCCUCUCCAAUCUGACCAAAACACACAAGCUCCAUACCAUACUCAUGAACCCAAGUCCACCUCCUCGGCCUACGCCCCCUCAAUCUAACAACAGCAUCACGAAUAAUGAUGACAGCCCUUAUCGACCACCCCAGCAGCCACCACAACCCCAUACACAAAAAUACAAACCUCAAGUCCCUCCUUCCAUCUUCUCAUCCAACGCGCUCCUUCCCGCACUCCCCAACAUCCUGGUCCCCUUCUUGGAUCUGCAUAUCCUAGUUUCCCGGUUGCCGCGGCGUAAAGCGGAUGCCAAAGCUUUGUAUGUUGUGCAAGGGGGCGAGGAAAAAGCCGUGUGGGGUAGGGGGGUUAGAGGCGGGAGGGGCCCGGAAAUGGUGGGUGUUGUUGAGAUUUUGGCGGAUCGGUGGGGUGGAAGGACUGGUGGAUGGGGUGUCAUGGAGUUAUGA